AUCUACUCCCUUCGUUCCUUUCCUCCACCUAAAGGUGUGCGCACUCGACUCUGAAAUAUUCCAAUGGCGUCUAGGGAAAUUGGAGGAGUUAUCGAUGACGGGGAGAAGAUUGGACGUUGGAUCGGCAUAGGCAAUGGCAUGACCGCGGUCAUUGUAAUAAUACUUGCAGGACUAUAUGGACUCUACCGAUACCUCAGAUCCUUCAUCUACCCUUGCCUCACCCCCUUCGAGUUGGAACAAACUUCAAAAAGCCUCGACGAUGUCUAUCGAAGCGUAAGGGAUGUGUCGGCUGGACCAGCAGAAUCUGACGCCCCCGAAUGGAACAAUAUCGCCAAAGACCAUCUAAGCCUGAAAAUCGAAGCCUCCGAUAUCCGCAAGAAAAACCUCCAAGCGGCAUCGCCAUGGAAGAAAUAUCUUGGUUUUCACCCUGACACGAUGCUCGAGAUCGCUCGUUGGUAUAAGAAACAUGAGGAGCUGAAAUGUAGGAUUCUCGUGCGUUCUUCUAUAUUAUAUCUGUGCCAGUCUUUUCUCCUCCCUAAAAUAGUACGUUUGACAGACUGCCCGCGAGGAACACCUAUAGAAUCACCUUGGAGCGGAACAGAAUCGAAGACAGAUCGCGUUAAGACCGCCACCUCAAUUUGAACUUGUUCAAACCUUCCCUGUGUAUGAAAACCCAUAUCGUUUUCAUGCUGAGGAGUCUCCGCGUUCUUACAGUGCACAAAGUUGGAGUUGAAUCUCGUAUCGAUAUCGAUAUCGAAACCGUUGGUACGUUGCUGUCAUGACAUGAUUUUUUUUUCUCCUGCAUAGCAUCCUUGUCUCGUGAAUGGUUGUAAAAAACACCCAGCCUAUACCUCCCAAUAUCCCCCCUCAACAUCGCUAUCUGUUUGUAUGUUUUUUGUUUAAAAAUCUGUUUUCGGUGCUUCUUGCUACUCGUCACGCUUCGCUAUCUGGAAUUCGCACUCUAUGUAUCUAUCUAUCCUCGACGCCUCGUCUUCACGUCCCCUUGGCACUUUUUCGUGUUGUUGAACAUAAUCACUUACUUGCUACCGUUUCCUUCCCCCUCCUUGUGGCCUUAUAUUGUACGUAGGCAAACUUGCGCGAUCGAAAAAAAAACAUAUUUAAUAUACUGAUUGAAGUACUUAAUACUUCCCGUC